AUGGAGGGUCUCACUGGGCUGAUCAAAUUCGACACGGCUGGCUUCCGCUCGGAUUUCCACUUGGACGUGAUAAGAAUUGCCGAAGGUGGUCCGAAGAAGAUCGGCGUGUGGAACAGUACGAGUCCAGUUGCAUGGAUAACGGAAAAGCAUACUCAAAUGUCUGAAGAAAUGAGUCUAGUCAAUAGAACGUUCAUCGUUCUAAUCGCCAUCAGUCCUCCUUACGGGAUGCUGAAGCAGUCAUCUGACAUGAUGGUGGGGAACGACCGAUACGAGGGAUUCGGUAUAGACAUCAUUCAAGAGCUGAGCAAGAUGCUCGGUUUUAAUUACACGUUCGAAGUGCAGACGGACAACGUGUACGGGUCGUACUCGAAGGAGACAGGGAAGUGGACGGGAAUGCUUGGGAAAAUAAUCCGUGAUGAAGCUCACCUGGCGAUCACAGACUUGACUAUAACGUCAGAUCGAGAGUCAGCUGUCGACUUCACUAUGCCUUUCAUGAAUUUAGGUAAGAGUCAUUCAUAUUAAAAGAUCUGGCUGGGU